UAUAAAUUAUUCAAUGUCGGGUUCGCUGCUUCAGGUAGCCAUUUUCACUGCCGGGGCCAUUGUUGGUGGUGGUAUAACGGUCGCGCUCACAAGUAAAAGACCCCGCCCAGCAGAUGCCAUCGUCUCGCCCGCCGUCUCGGCAGUGACCCCCCCCGUUGUCGACAUAGGACCGUCCGGGCGCACAUCGAUUUCUGCUGUAGCUUCGGUUGCAUCCCUAGCAUCUCCAGUACUGAAAUAUGGCAACCCUGGCCCCAUCGCGGACCCAAUAAUUCGGAAAGCCUACGUCGCUGCAUACGACCGCAGGCUCCGUCACCCAGUAUGGACCGCAGAACAUUUGACACUCGCCUCCCUCGGCAAAUCAACUCUUGUCCCUUCGGAGCCUUCCGAAUCGGGUGACCGUUCCAAGUCCACGUUCAUUGAGGAUGAGUCGAUACCUGUUCCUUUCCGUGCGCGCUUGCAGGAUUAUUUCAGAAGUGGAUAUGAUCGUGGACAUAUGGUUCCAGCCGCCGACGCGAAAUUCUCACAGGAAGCCAUGAAUGAGACAUUUUACUUGUCAAAUAUUGCGCCCCAGGUCGGUGACGGGUUCAAUCGACACUACUGGGCAUACCUUGAAGACUGGUGCCGUAGGCUGACUGGAAGCUUUGCCGACGUCUACGUUUUCACCGUCCCCCUCUAUUUGCCCCGUAAAGAUACCGAUGGUAAAUGGCGCAUUACACACGAAGUCAUUGGUUCACCGCCCAACAUUUCUGUGCCGACCCACUUCGCCAAAGUUGUUCUCACCUCCAAACCCUCUUCUCCGAGCACUCCAGAUGUACUCGAACUAUCAACAGGCGCAUUUGUGUUGCCAAAUGCUGUCAUACGAGAUGAAGCACUGUUAGAAAGCUUUGUAGUGCCUGUCGAAGCUGUUGAACGUGCCGCUGGUUUGACUCUGUUCUCAGACGCUGUCAAAGCUUCCUCCAAGCAUAUCUGUCAAUCUACAAAAUGCUCUGUGAUCGUCAGGCAUUUCGACGAUGCCAGAAAAAGACCUGAGAUGCGAAGAGCUAUUUCAGCACCCCCAAAGUAGAACUUGGAAGGAUGUAGAUGUUUUCAGUAGUCAGAUAAAAUGUCCUUAACGCCAUCCCAGUAGUUCUUUUCUACUUUGCCUUCGAUUUCCUGCUUUGUCAGCCAA